AUGCAAUCUAAUUCAUCUAGUUCAGAUGAAUUAGAAACUGAUUUAUAUGAUGAUGAAGAUGAAGUAAUGCAUCAAGAUUAUUUAAUUCACCCCGCAGAUAAUUUGGAAGCAAAGUGGAAACUGACAGAUAUUUUUACGGAUUCAUUAAACCAACCUGAUUCUAUUCAUCUGCUUUUGGAAGAUCUACUUAAUGAACAUUUAAAUACAUUUGGAUUAUUAGAAGCAUUAGAACAACGAAACUUUUUUGAAGAAUUUAAAAAAUUUGCUAAUUCUGAUAUAUCAGAACUGGCAAAAUACCCCCUUAUCUAUGAAUUCAUUAAAUUUCGAAUAUGGAGCAUUGUGGUCUAUCAGCAACAAUUGGAAGAAUUGUUCAAUCGUUGUGACAUGAAAGUCCACCAAAAUAUGAAUACUCAAUUACAAGAAUCACACAUUUAA